UGGUCUCGCCGCGGUCACACUGUUUUGGAUUGUACACGCGAAAUCGCAAAUCGAACAAAAUCCAGUGCAAGAAUUGUGCAAGUGAUACCGCCGCCCGCGGCCAAAAACCCAACCGAGCGCAGGAGUCGAAAUCCCCAAAGCUAAAUUCUUCGUGUGUGCCAAGCGAAAAUUAGCGAAAAAACGUUGCGAGUUGUUGUUGCCAUUGCUAUUGCUGCUGUUACUACUACCACUACCACUGGCUACUGCUGAGAGAGCGAAAGAGAGCGCUGUCCGUGUGUGUGUGUUUUGUGUCCCUCUCUGUCACAGUGACUGUGUUUUCCUUUUUCGAUUUUGUUUUUUGUUUUUGUGUGUCCGCCAACAACAAAAUCCAGCUAUCCGCUAUUUGUGCAAGUGGGAAAGUUCAAAAAGCGCGUGUGUGUGUCCCGCAAAAAAAAACUAUAUCAAAACAGCAGCAACAACAAGAACCCCACACAAACACACACAGCCUGUCAGAGAGGGCACAACAAAACGGUUCGCACACACGCACCCUCCCCCGCCAGCGACAGCGCCAGUGUGCGUGCGUGUGUGUCGGUGUGUGUGUGAAAAAAUCGAAGAAGUGUUCGCCGAAAAGAGAAGAAACACAAAAACAACACAAAACGGCUUGAAAAGUGCAGCAACAAUAAUAAAUAAUUGAAUUUAUUAAUAUAUAUAAAUAUAUAUAUAAGGAGCGCGCAAAAUGUCGACCAUUGAGUUCGAGACGAUUGGCAGCCGCCUGCAGUCCUUGGAGGCGGCCCUCCAGGCCCAGAACGAGUCCCACGAGCAGAUCGUUCUCUCCAAAACGCGUCGUGUUCCUCCGCCACCACCCGCAUCCGCAUCUGCAGCCACAUCUGCGUCCGCCGCCUCGCCUGUGACGUCCGCCGGCCUCAGCAUAGCCCAGCGGCCAGCUCCUCCAGUUCCUCAGUCAGCGCAAGCACCCGCUGGCUUAUCCGUGUUUGCCUCCUCCGCCGCCGCAUCGUCCGCCGCUAUGGCUCCAUCCUCCUCCUCCUCCUCCUCGUCGGUGGCGGCAACGGGCACCUUCAGCGGAUCCUUUGUCCCGCCCAAAACCAGGAGUCCGCGUCCCACGCCCAGUCUGCCCAUUGCCAGCGGUGUCUAUCACCGACCGCGUCACAUGAACCUGCCGCUCCUACAGCAAUCGCAUCCGUCGGAGACGGAGACGGACAAGAAACUUAAGAUCAUCAUGGAGCAGACGGGCAAGCUGAACAUCAACGGGCGGCAAUAUCCCACGGAUAUCAAUGAUCUGAAACAUUUGGGUGACCUGGGCAACGGGACCAGCGGCAAUGUGGUCAAGAUGAUGCACCUGUCCAGCAACAUGAUCAUUGCGGUCAAGCAAAUGCGUCGUACCGGCAACGCCGAGGAGAACAAGCGCAUUCUGAUGGAUCUGGAUGUGGUGCUUAAAUCGCACGAUUGCAAGUAUAUUGUCAAGUGCCUGGGGUGCUUCGUACGCGAUCCAGACGUUUGGAUAUGCAUGGAGCUGAUGUCCAUGUGCUUCGACAAGCUGCUAAAGCUCUCAAAGAAGCCUGUCCCGGAGCAGAUACUGGGCAAGGUCACAGUGGCGACGGUCAACGCCUUGUCGUAUCUGAAGGUCAAGCACGGGGUCAUUCAUAGGGAUGUUAAGCCCUCGAACAUACUGAUCGACGAGCGUGGCAAUAUCAAGCUCUGUGAUUUCGGGAUCAGCGGUCGCCUGGUGGACUCCAAGGCGAACACACGUUCUGCAGGAUGUGCAGCUUACAUGGCGCCAGAGCGCAUCGAUCCAAAGAAACCAAAGUACGACAUUCGCGCCGAUGUCUGGUCGCUGGGCAUAACGUUGGUGGAGCUGGCCACAGCGCGAUCCCCGUACGAGGGCUGCAACACGGACUUUGAGGUGCUCACCAAGGUACUGGACUCGGAGCCUCCAUGCCUGCCCAUCGGUGAGGGCUUUAACUUUAGUCAGGAGUUUCGCGAUUUCGUCAAGAAGUGCCUCACAAAGAACCAUCAGGAUCGACCCAAGUAUCCGGAACUGCUGGCCCAGCCCUUUAUCCGGACGUACGAAAUAGCCAAAGUAGAUGUACCCAAUUGGUUUCAGAGCAUCGUCGACAAUCGGCAUCGCGCCAAUGGCGGCGAUACCACGCUCAAAAGGGCAACGGCGGCUGGUGGCGGAUCUCUAGCAACACCGUAUGGCAGGGCGCCGGGACAGGGGCAACAGAAUCACCCUCAGAAGACAAUAAAACCCUCGCAGAUACCGAGUUACCAACAGCAGCAUUCGCAGUCGCAGUAUUUCAUGCAAUCAGCCACACAACUACCUCAAGCGAAGACAGCAACGACACCAACAACUACCAAUUGCUUUGGCGGAAAUGGAAGCGGCAAUGGGAGCAGCAGCAGUGCCAGUCCCAGCCCCCUGUCACCGCCAACAACAACAACGGGCAAUGAUCUUAACAAGCUCUACCGCAAAUCGCCGUUUAUGCAGCGCAAGCUAAGCAAUGGAAGCCAUCAUCCUGCCCACUAUAAAUACAACGAUGAGAGUCCCAAAAAGGAGUCCAUGUUCAGCAGCAUUGGCCACACAAUUUUACGCAAUUUAACCACAUCGCCCUUUAGUCAAAAGAAACACAGUAACAGCCAUGGAUUGUCAGCAUCAUCAUCAUCAUCGUCAGGAGCAGCAGCAGUAGGAGCAGGAGGAGCAGGAGUAGCAGCCACAAAGACAAUACCACUGCCGCCGGAGGAGGCCAUUUCACCUGGAACACCAACGACCACGACAGGAUGGCGCCUGCCAGCCACGGAUUGCAUGUCCCUGGCCCACGACAGCUGUGAUAGUAGUACUAAUGCCAACGCCAGCGCCCCUCAGACCCACAACCUGAACCUCAACCUCAAUCUGGGCCUGGUCACACCCUCACCUGUGAUGCAGCGCAAGCCAGAAUCGCCGCCAAACGUGCAUCAGCAGCAGCAGCAGCAACCACCUCUUCGCCUGCAGCCGGGCAAUCAAAGUCCCAUAGUGCUGCAGCGUUUCUACCAUCAACAAAAUCAGCUACGCGAAAAGGAGGCCGCCGAGCGGUACCAGCAGCAACAGCAGCAGCAGCAACGCCAGCAGCCGGCAGUCAUCACAAGCACGAAUCCCUUUCACAGCAACUAUGUGGCACCGCCGCCAUCUACGCACUCCACAUCUAGUCAGUCCUCCACGCAGUCAACUUGCUCGCAAAUAGCAGUUAGCCUAACGCCUUCGACGGGUUCAGGAGCGGGAGGAGUAGGAGGAGGAGCUGGAUCUAUGUCAGCUGGUCACUUUGGCUCUGUGGGGAAUGGUGAGCAGCUGCAGUACCAACCCCUGCCCAGUCCCACACUCCUGCCCAGGUCACCAGAUCAGCAACUACAAACGAAUGCUGACUACAGUGGAGGAUCUGGUGGUGGUGGUGGUGGUGGUGGUGCGAGCAGCAGCAAGCUGGGAAAGCUGUAUGCCCGUCGCCAGCUGUUGGGUCAGAGCUCGAGCAGUGGGGCGAGUAGCAGCAGCCUGGAUGGAUACAGCAGGGAUCAGCAGGAGGCGGGCUGGUUCCACACACUCGCCGGCGCCAUGAAGCGACAGUUUGCCACCUAUGUUAAAACCCAAUUGAAUUCCACAGCCAGCCUGGAGCAGCAGCAGCAGCAGGAGCAGGAGCAGGUGCAGCAGCAUCCGCCGGCUCAGCAGCCACCACAGCCGCCGGCCUACAGGAGCAUUGUGAAUAAUGGUGGCCAUAGCAAGUCAUAUUAUUAUCGCACCUUGUCGGCGGCCAGCAGCAGCAGCAACACCAGCCAGAGCACUUCUCCCACAACAGAACCUCUGCCUGGCGGUGGAGGCGGAACGAGUAGCUUCCUGCGACGCUAUGCCAGCAGCAGUACCCCACCCAGUCCCCAUAUAUUGUCUGGUCUGGAUCGAAGGCACCGCAGUCCGGAUCCACCGCCGCGCUAUAAUCGCGGCCAGUCGCCGCUGCUGCUGCGCAAGAAUCUGUUGGAGCUGAGUGGGGGAUCGCCGUUGCUGCACCGAAGAUACGUUUCAGCCUCGCCUCCGCUGCCGCCACCGCGUCGAGGGUCGGAGAGUGUGCCAGGAUCACCGCAGCAUUUCCGCACCCGCAUUCACUAUACGCCCGAGCCACAGAGACGCAUCUACCGGACUAUAGAUCAAUGAGUGGCGCUGCAAAUCAUGGUCAUGUGAUGUUGGUAUGGCUUCGACGAUGAUGCCGUUGCCCGAGACGACCAGGAGCAGGAGGAGCAGGAGCAGGAGCUGGGGUCAGGACCAGUUUCCGAGGUAAUAUCAAUGCCUGCCUGUCCGGAGGCCAGGCUCAAUCGGAAUAGACUCGCUCUAGGUCGGCGUUCGUGCUCGGCGAGCGGCUCGUAUGCGAGUCUCUAUACGGCGGAUGUGGAGCAAGCAUGGCCACGAGGAGGGUCAUCAACCAGAGCGGGCCAUCAGCCCUGGCGCGGUGGUGACUGAUGCGAAAAGUGUUCAAAAGUCAGGAGAUACUUUAGUUUUUGGUUUGCUACCCAGGCUCCAACUGUACAUAGGGAUAUAAACGUGUAUCUGUAGGGUUCUAUAUAUAUACAAAUCUAUAUAUAUAUAUACGCAUCCGAUGGUAAAAUAAUAGUGCAAUAGUUGAAAGCAAUUCUGUUCUCCCAGUACUCGUUCCUUUUUCACAUUUUCUAUUUCCCUAUUUCCAUUUUUCUCUCUAUAACCGCUGUCUAUGCUGUAUCUGUAUCUGUAUCUGUAUCUAUGUAUCUGUACCCACAAACGUAUCUCUUCUGAAAUCAAAAAUUAAACCUAGCUAAAUCGAAGGAGGUUCGCGGGAUAAUAAUAAAAUCAAUUGAUUUUUUUUUGUAGCUUUGUAUAUAGAGAGAUGAUUGGAGGAGGGAGGAGGGUGAAGUGCAAGCACUCGUUGCAUUUGCUGUUUGCAAUUUGUUUUAGUUUAUGAUCUAUACAGAUUUCAUCCAAGGAACACCGACAAAACAACAAAUACAACAAUAAACAACAAACAUAAAAAAUGGAAUUAUUGUACUGAUUAUUAUAAAUGUUUAAUUUAUUAUGUAAGCGCUGG